ACCCUUGCGCGGCCAGAGGCUCCUGAGAUGGAGGGAGGAGGAUCUACUGUUCCAAUGUCGGCGGCCUCAGCUAUUUGGGAGAUUUAGUGUAGAAGUAAAAACCACAGCUCUUAUGCUAAAGGGAAUUCAGAAAUGUUUUAUCCUGGAGCCAUUUUGGUCCAUGGCCCGGGAACACAAAUUUAGGUUACCCCAAAUUCCAUGUAAGACGAGAGCUGUGUUUUUUUGUUUUGUUUUUGUUGUUGUUUUUUUGAGACAGGGUUUCUCUGUCCAGGCUGGCCUUGAACUCACAAAGAUCCGCCUACCUCUGCCUUCCGGGUGCUGGGAUUAAAGGCAUGCGCUACCACCGCCUGGCCAAAAUUGUAUGUUUUUUUUUUUUUUUUUUUCCUUCGAGACAGGGUUUUUCGGUGUAGCUUUGCGCCUUUCCUGGAACUCACUUGGUAGCCAGGGUUGGCCUUGAACUCACAGAGAUCCACCAGGCUCUGCCUCCCGUGUGCUGGGAUUAAAGGCUUGCGCCCCGACCGCAAGAGCUGUUUUUUACAUUGACAUAGGUUCAGUGUAAUAAACAGGACGUUCCUUUCCCGACUCUCAACUACAGGAACCAUUUAGACUUAGACUCCCUGGUGCAGUGAAAUCGCCAGGUGUCAUGUCCUCACCCUAAGUCUAUUUUUGGAGCCAGGGAUUUUCCAGAUUACUGUAAACCCGGCGAGGUGAGGUCACAGGGCCAGGCCUACGUCUCCCCGGCUACACCCCGACACCCACGCGCGCCGGGUGCUUCCCGGAAGACGGCGCGCUUCACCUCCCUCCCUUGUUUCUCAAAACGGUUGAGGCUGCCCCUGUUCGGGAGUCACUUUACACACGGGUGUCGCCGGUGGCCGGACGCACACCGCCCAGGGGUCUCGGGGGCCGACCCACCAGGCGGAUUAUCCGGUGCCCAAAGGGAUUACCGACCCGGCAGCCCUGAGCCGCCGGGGAGCCUCCCCGCCUAUCUCAGCCGGGAGGAACUCGUUGGCGCGCGCCGGGGCGGGGCGGGGCGUCGGCGUGGUGACGUCAGGGCGGAAGCGCACGCUGCGUGCAGCGGCCUGGAAGCCGGCGGUCACGGGAAUAUCCGUCGCGCCGAGGACGCUGGUUAGUCUCGCUUUGGGUUCCGGCUGCGUCGGCCGUGCGUGCAGCUCGCUGGAACUAUGGCGUCCGGGCCUCACCCGACCUCGACCGCUGCCGCCGCCGCCGCCGCCGCCUCCGCUUCGUCCGCCGCCCCGAGCGCGGGCGGCGGCUCCAGCUCAGGCACGACGACCACGACGACGACGACGACCGGAGGGAUCCUGAUCGGCGACCGCCUGUACUCGGAGGUGUCGCUUACCAUCGACCACUCGCUGAUCCCGGAGGAGCGGCUCUCGCCUACCCCGUCCAUGCAGGACGGCCUCGACCUGCCCAGCGAGACGGACCUGCGCAUCUUGGGCUGCGAGCUCAUCCAGGCCGCCGGCAUUCUCCUCCGCUUGCCGCAGGUGGCGAUGGCAACGGGGCAGGUGUUGUUUCAUCGUUUUUUCUACUCCAAGUCUUUCGUCAAACACAGUUUCGAGAUUGUUGCCAUGGCCUGUAUUAAUCUUGCAUCAAAAAUCGAAGAAGCACCAAGAAGAAUAAGAGAUGUGAUUAAUGUAUUCCACCACCUCCGCCAGUUAAGAGGAAAAAGGACUCCAAGCCCUCUGAUCCUUGAUCAGAACUACAUAAACACCAAAAAUCAAGUUAUCAAGGCAGAAAGGAGGGUGCUAAAGGAGUUGGGAUUUUGUGUUCAUGUCAAGCAUCCCCAUAAGAUCAUUGUGAUGUAUUUACAAGUCUUAGAGUGUGAGCGGAACCAAACCCUGGUUCAAACUGCCUGGGUAGUCCAUGAUGGUAAGUCAUAGAACUCUGCCCUCUGCACUUCAGCCCAUGACCUCAGGAUGGCCUGAUUGGCUAGCCUGCUCUCCAGCCAAUCCAGUGCAAGCUCUCAUCCGAGAUUCACUGAAGUGGUCCAUAUCCAUCUGGCAGCAUCUUCUAGUUCUGUCGGGGUGUCAAAAGGAUUUGUAUAUUUGCUUCUAGAAGUAACUAUGCAUCAUGCCUAUGUAUUUAAUGUAUACCUGUAACUAUCAAAAUGAAUAUUUCAUUUUUGAUAGAUUGUUGUCCAGCCAUUAUGAAUUGUUUUUUUUUUUUUUUAAAUUGGGUUCAGUUAAAUUUCUACGUGCAGUGUGUAUAGCAUCCGUUCUACCAAAGGAGGCUACCUUAACCAUGUAGCUUUAAAUGGGUACCUGUUGCCAUUGUAGGUUACUCCAGCUAGUGAGCCAUUGCAGGCAGUGAUACAAGAAGCAUAUAAUUUUAAAAAGAAAAGUUCAUGUUAUUUAAAUAUUUUUGAACUUGGGCCUCUGAGAUACAGAAAGGGUAAACAAGGAAAUUGUGGUUUAGCCAUAAAUGAUUUAUAUGACUGUUGAUAAACAAGCAUUAAAUAAUUCUGACUUUCCCAGAAAUACAUCUUUUUUAUAUGACUGCCAUGCUUCUUUUGGACUCAGUAGAUAAUGGUAACAUUAGAAAAGCCACAUUUCUCUAUAAAAUGCAUGAGUUUUUAAUGUAUUCUGUGCAGCCAAAAAAAUUAUAAUACUUUUAACAAAUGUAAGGGUUUUAGAACUAAUCCAUUUAAUUUCCAGCUCAGGCUUUUUAGCAAAUAUAAAGUUUUUUUUUUAGUUAAGGAAUUUCAUGGGAAAGUUUCUCUAGAAGUUUCAGAAGUUUAUUAAGUUAGAUCAUUGCUUUUAUUUAUGCUUAAUUGCAAAAAGGUAUGUAAACAAGGCCAUUAUGAUGUGUAUUAUUGCUCACUUCUCUACCUAGAUUUUUUUUGAAGUUUUUUUUUUCCUUCUAACUGUAAGAGUAAAUUGAUGGAUUCUUACUAAAAAUACCUUUUUACCCCUGUUUCUGGUAUUGAUUUUUUUUUU